AUGAACUUUACUUUCUGCAGUUAUGCAUCUGCCAACUUGUAUACUGAAGAGAAAACUUUCCAGGUAAAUGGUGCUGGUUUUAUUGACCUUUGUAGAACACUAAGAGUUGUCAGGGGCUUUGGUUCAGAAGCUUCUAUAACAAUUUUUCACAAUGAGAAGGAGAUCUUCACGAAAUUAUUUCAAAUAGCCACGAGAGAAUUAAAAGCAGUAAAUGUUCCAGAAAGUUGUCCGGCAGGUUCCUUCUUGGAGAACGUCACAUUUGAAGUGUCUGAUAGUGAUGGUCUCAUUGAUGAAUCCAUUGAUGGACCUCUGCAUACACUCAACAUCACAUCAAAUGAGUUACCACUAGUGGAAGGAGCACAGUAUGCUAUUAAACAUGGAAGGUGUGUUCUUUCUCGUGUGCAGCUUCCUCAUGAACAAGGAACAGUCACUAUUGUGGCAUGUCACACAUCUUAUCCUGAUCUGCAAAUAAAGAUUCAGCUUCAAGUUCAAUCUUUUGAUUUGGCGUUGACCACCUUGGAGGAAGGAUCUGAACCUAUUUUCAGCUGUCCAAUCUCAAUUGUAGAAAGUUCAAAUCUUUUACUUCCCAGUCAACUUGCUCCUGGUCAACCUAGCCAUCUUGUCACAUAUGUAAAAGAUGUUGUUAAGAAAACUAAAAAUAAAGUUGGAGAUACCUACUCGAAGGUAAAGUCUACAGAAGAGACACUUAAAACUCUAUAUUCUCGUAAGGUCUCACUGGAGAAACAAAUUGACACUAUAAAAGAUGAGAUUGGGCCCAUGGUUGGGUCAUUCAUUGAUGCAAAGGAGUUGGUUCGUGAUAAAAUUAGAGAAAAAAUUGGCACUGCUGCUUUUGUGAUAUGUUCCAGUGGUGAUUUCAUGGAUGGCGUUGUUGGUAUUGUUGCCCUACUUGGAACUGUGCCUGAUGGCAAAAUUGGCAGGAUGCUUGCUGUGUAUCUUGGCAAAGAUGACAUGCUCUCAGUAGUUUGCAAGACACAGGAAGCUGCUAAUUACAUUGAGAAAUACAACACUGAUGGAGGAGUGGAUGUUGGCUUUGGUAUUCACCGUGAAGCAGCUGCUUUGGGCGUUCCCAUAAAGAGAAGAUUUGCUGUCAUUUGCUUAGAUGAUAUAGAGCCCUACAAAGGAGGCGUUUUGCUGAACAGUCCACAAAAGGAAUUAAACCUGGCUUGGCCUUCUCCACAUGGACCUAAGGGAUUCAGAGGAUUUGCCGUCAAUAUGAUAAAUAUUUCUGAUGAUAAUCUGAACAUAACCACAAGUAGAGGGCAUGGACUCCGUGAAACUUUAUUUUAUAGUCUCUUUGGAGAGCUUCAAGUUUAUGAAACCCGAAAUGACAUGCUCCAAGCCAUGCCUUAUUUGAAUGGUGGAGCAAUAUCAUUGGAUGGUGGUGUAAUCAAAGGAAAAGGGAAACUACUUCUUGGAUACAGUGAUCCGAAGAUAACGUUUCCAGUCGUCUCCGGCUUGCCCAAUACCAUCACGAGCGAGUCAAACGACCAUCUGGAUGUCGUCACAAGAACAAGAAAUCUGGAUAGUAAAAUGAAGCUUUUGGAAAUAAUCGAAACUAGGAUAAGCGAACAGGAAAAGUUGCAUGAGGAACUGAUGAAGAAAUUCAACAAGAGAAAACGCAAGUUUGAGGAGAUCGAAGAGAGAAUAACCCAGCCCUGUGGUAAUGAGCUUGUGCUGCGCGACCUGCAGGUGAAGGUGGAGGAGCUUGAUCCGUAA